GGAGAGAAAAAAAAGGAGGGAGAAACAUCACAGUACCACUCUACUAUCCAUGGAGCUUCCCCUGGUGUCUUGGUGCUCUCAUGCAGUGCCAAGGCCUGAACUCUGGACCUUGUACACACACUGAAAGCAGAGCCAUUCCCUCUGGGAGCUCCACAUGUGUGAGAGACCUGCACAGGGAUGUCCAGCAGCCACACAUUCACAUGUCAGGGUCGCCGAGGACAGCCAGGAAGCUGUGUGACUUCUAGGACUGCUGCUCCACAUCUCCACAAGGGCCACGAGAACUGGGGAGAUAGCUCAGCCUGUCUGAGGUUCAGGCCCUGGCACUACCUUAAACCAGAGCUGAGCUGCUAUCUGGAGCUCUCGGUCUCUCAGUAGAGACGUUGCUAUAAACUAGGUCCCCCCUGCCCUCCAGUCUGAUGCCCAUCCAGCCCGCUGAGCACUGGGAAUGGAAUGAGUCUAUGCAUUCCCUGCGGAUUAGUGUGGGGGGCCUCCCUAUACUGGCAUCCAUGACCAAGGCCACAGACCCCCGCUUCCGCCCCCGCUGGAAGGUGAUUCUGCCAUCCUUCGUGGGUGCCGCCCUCCUCUGGCUGAUCUACCUCCACCACCCGCCCCCAGGCCGGUCCCCUACACUCAAUGCCCAUAGCUGGAGGCUUGGCCAGGCGUCUGCUGACCGCCACAGUACGUACAAUGACACCUACCCCCUGUCUGUCCCCCAGAGGACGCUGGGUGGCACUCGCUACCGCAUCGCGGUUAUUGCAGACUUGGACGCGGACUCCAGGGCCCAGGAGGAAAACACCUGGUUCAGCUACCUGAAGAAGGGCUAUCUCACCCUGUCGGACAGUGGGGAUAGGAUGACUGUGGAGUGGGACAAGAGUCAUGGCAUCUUGGAGUCCCACCUGGCAGAGAAGGGACGGGGCAUGGAGCUGUCUGAUCUGAUCGUCUUCAAUGGCAAGCUCUACUCUGUGGAUGACCGGACAGGGGUCAUCUACCAGAUCGAGGGCACCAAAGCUGUGCCUUGGGUGAUCCUAUCAGAUGGUGAUGGAACCGUGGGGAAAGGCUUCAAAGCUGAGUGGUUGGCUGUGAAGGAUGAACAUCUGUAUGUGGGCGGCCUGGGCAAGGAGUGGACUACCACCACGGGGGAAGUGAUGAAUGAGAACCCUGAGUGGGUGAAGGUGGUGAGCUACAGGGGCAGCGUGAACCAUGAGAAUUGGGUGUCCAGUUACAAUGCUCUGCGGGCUGCUGCUGGGAUCCGGCCUCCAGGCUACCUCAUUCACGAAUCAGCCUGCUGGAGCGACAUGCUGAAGCGCUGGUUCUUCUUGCCACGCCGAGCUAGCCAUGAGCGCUAUAGUGAGAAGGAGGACGAGCACAAGGGUACCAACCUGCUGCUGAGUGCUGCCCAGGACUUCAGCGACAUCACUGUCAGCCAUGUCGGGGAGGUGGUGCCCACGCAUGGCUUCUCUUCCUUCAAGUUCAUCCCCAACACGGAUGACCAGAUUAUUGUGGCCCUCAAGUCUGAGGAGGAUGGCGGCAAGGUGGCCACCUACAUCACGGCUUUCACACUUGACGGGCGCCUGCUCCUGCCUGAGACCAAGAUCGGGAGCGUCAAGUACGAAGGGAUAGAGUUUAUAUGAGCUUAGAGGUUCAGACCUUGAGCAAGGCUGAAGGGGGUUUGCUUAAGCUGCACCUGGACUCACAUUUAUAAGACCAGAGAAUUGCACUUUUAUGUGGGAUUUUUGUUUUUGUUUUUUUUCCUUUUUGGAAAUCUGAGGUGUGUAUCUGGUUGAGAGGUCUUCAAAAUAGGAAGUGGCAAGCAACCAGAGAUGUGAUUUCUUGAUGCAAAGAAUGGCUCAGAGCCUCCUGAGUGACCCCUCAAGCUGACUUGCUCAGAUGCUGCUCUGUGCUGCCAUCUGGUGGUGGGAACUAGUUACUGCAGGGGCCCUGUCUAACCACCGGGUAAUCUGAUGGCCCUUUCUGUUUGUUACUGUGUUCAGUAAAUAUUUCGUGAGCUCCUACUGUGUGUCAAGUACUGUAAUGCCUCUGAAAAUAAAAGAUUUCCAUCAGGAA